AUGGUUUGUGCAGACUGUCGGGUGUUCCCCGGGACGCCUGUCUGCGGAUCUUGCAGAGCAGUCUGUAGGAUCACAGGGUUUCUCCGGUCCGGUCACCUGAAGGAUCAGGAGAAACGGGUGGUGGAAGUACUUCGGGUGGCUGCCGGAGAGCUCGCUGACCUCGUUGAAUCGAGCGUCCCAGCGGUCAGGGCAGCGGAGGCGCUGCUUGCUCAGGAGGGAAACGAGGGCCGCACCUCCGGGCCACCUGACGCUCCUACAGCCCCGAAAAAGGCUGGAGAGGGGAGCGAGUACACCGAGGAGUCGAGUGAAGAAGAACAGGUGUCCGUUGAGAUAGAGGACGAGGAGGCUUUGGAGAAGGAAGCCAAAGUAGAAGGACACAGCCCAGGGGAACGUGAGGUCAGUCCCUCUUCCCGUGGUAGGGAGCUGGAGCUGUAUCCCGCUUGCAAGGCUUCCACAAAGCACAACAAAAGGAAGUUGCAGGACGAGCGGCAGGAGGAGAAGCUCGAGAGAGACUCGGGUAGCCGUGGGUCCCGACGGCCUGUGUCACCUGAGAAACGGUCCAGGCGGGCCAGUCCAGGUCACGGCGAAGAAGAGGAGAGCGAAGGAGUUCACGCGGAAGAAGAUCGAGGAGCGACGGGCCCGCAAGAAGCAGAAGCAAUGGCGCCAAAAGCCAAAGUGAAGGCCGCCGCACGGCCCAAGGCCAUGGCCGUGUUGAGAAGGCCAGCAGUGAGAGGUGUAGCCGGCCAGGGGGCUCCUCCUGGGAGGGGCGUCAGGAGGAGGCCUGCGGCUCGAGAGGGCGAGCGGUCUCCCUGGGAGGACGGGGCAGAACUGCCCCUCCACCUCGUCCCGUUGGACCUCUUCCAGCCGGGGUCCUGCUUGGUUGUGUCGGAGGGCGACUAUUAUGGGGCCCCUGUCAAGUUGGCGGGACAGAUUCUGAGGGUCGAGCGCGACAGAAACGGCGCCCACAUUCUGCUCCGCUGUACAGGGACCGACAGCGAACAAGUCCUGAGAACCUUCACGUCGGCCAAGGACACGCCUUUCAGGCUGCACGUGUGCCCGGAGGGGUGCGGUCGUCAGGAGAGCGGCGACUUCUACGUGCACGCAGUCAGAGGGCGCCAGGGGAGAGCCGACGGCGAGGAAGGAUGGGUGAACAGCCUGGACGGACCGGCGACAGGGGGUCCGGACGAGAUGGCGGGCUUGAGGAAGAGGGAGCAGGAGCUCCUGCAAGCGCGCCGCCCCCAGCAGGGGGAGGCUGUGGAAGCACCCGACGGCGAAGGGAAGGACCCGGCGCCAGAGAAAAAGAAGAAGGAAAAGAAGAAGAAGUCAAAGGAGAAGGCGCAAGAAGUCCUAAGCGGGCGUCAGCCGAGCAAAGCGGGCCGCAAAGAACUCAGCAGCCUUUACGGCGGCACGGCCCUGGAUCCCAAGGAAAGGGUCCGCAAGACGGUCUUAAAGAAGGCCCGACGCUUUGCCGGCAAGAGGAAAACCAAGCGAUCGACGUCGAGCAGCAGCAAGGGGAGCAGCGACAGCUCCUCAACCUCGGAAUCCCUAGGCCUGGGGACCGAGGGUGUGUUCGCGGAGGAGACAAAGGCUCGGGCAAUCUCAGAGAGGUACCCGGGAGCGCUGACGGUGGAGACGCUCCUGAACAUGAGACGCUCCCUCCUGACCACGUCAGGCGAAGAGGGGGAGCUGAAGGACACCGGCCCUGUGGCCCUUUUGUACUUCCGGAACGUCCUCACCAAGAAGGCAAGCGGUGCCCAAGCCCGAGAGUUGUUGACUCUGUCGACAACGAUCGACGCCCUGUUGAAGGGCCAGCCGGCUCUGGCCCUCGACGUAUUGUGCCAGCGGCUGAAGUCCCAGGAACUGGUGCUGGGGGGCACUCACUGGGCAGUUGCCCAGAAAAUAGAACUGGCGGCUGGAGAGGCGCCAGCCCUCAUUGCCCGAGGGGAGCUGCAGACCGCCCAGAGGGAGAACUACCUCGAGGCGAGAGCUCGCUGGCAGACCCAGAGCAGCAGCGCCAAGGGAGCCCCAAAGGGGAAGACCAAGGGCAAAUUCGACAAAGACCACCCACCAAGAGAAGACAGGAAGGAGGAUGCGAGGCGAGACAAGGGCAAAGGAGUCUUUUUGGCAGAGAUUGAGCCGGACCCUGGGGUGAAGAUUUUUCCAACGGUCCCAGAUGAAGGGGCUGAGUCCCUUGCGGACUUUUCUUCGGGAACGAGAGCGCGACCGCGGGCCCACGUCGGACCUGACGACGUCCAGCGCAUCGCUGCGCUAGAAGGGCAAUUGGAAGUGUUCGAUUGGGACCACUUCUUUUCAACUAGGAGCAUUGACUAUAAAGGAGACGAAGUCAAAACAGCUAGGGAGCUCACGUGGCAGAACAUAGCACCUGCGUUACCUAAAGAAAUAGGUCGGGUGCCCUUAGCGGACGUCUGUACUUUAGGAUCAAAGCACUACGUUGAGAACCUGGAUAUAUACAUCCGCCCACCUGACCGCUGGGAGCGGCACCGGCCACCCCGGGUAAUGGUGCCCGAGGCUGCGUGGCCCGAGGUGUGCCAGGGUUUGGUGUCUACGGGCGUCUGCACACUGCUUCGGGCUAAUGAGGUCUUUCAGGUGGACGGCAAACCCCUACUCAAUGGCCUGUUCGGGGUCAGCAAAGACGAAUGGUCGCGAGGCCACGAGGUCUAUCGUCUCAUUAUGAACUUGGUGCCCUUUAAUGGCAUUGCAGAGGCGGUGAAGGGUGAUGUUGACACGCUCCCGGCGUGGAGUUUGAUGUCCCCCUUCUACCUGCAACCAAGUGAGACGUUGCUGAUCAGCAGCGAAGAUGUCCGCUGCUUUUUCUACACCAUGUCGGUCCCGACCCCAUGGUACAAGUACAUGGCCUUCAACCGAAGAGUGCCGGACCAGUGCCUCCCUUCAGAGAUGCGAGGGGAGGAGGUCUAUUUGGCCUCUAAGGAGCACGUUGCGGGUGAGGCCGCUGGCGUGGCAGCACCCGAGGCCGAAAUCCGCAAGGAUAAGCCGGUCACUGUCGCAAAUCCGUCGUGGCGGAUAUACCUAGACAAUUAUGACCUCUUAGAGAAAGUGAAAAGCGUCGAUGUCUCCACCCUGGCAGGGAGCUUGGCUCCUGCGGUGUUGGCACUCCGUCAGGAGUAUGAAGUCUGGGAAGUCCCCAGGAAUUUGAAGAAGGCGGUCGAGCGUCAGACAGUGGCUGAGGUACAGGGAGCUCAGGUUGAUGGCAAUUUGGGGGUAGCGUAUCCCCGCGAGAACAAGCUCCUGAAGUACGUGGCGGCCACAUUGAAGGUACUGACGUCGCCUGUGGUCACACAGCGCCAGAUGCAAGUCGUCUGCGGAGGCCUGGUUUAUGUCUCCAUGUUCCGUCGUCAGCUUUUGGGCUGUUUGAACGAGGUGUGGAAGUUCAUUGAGUCCUUCAACGGUACAUCGCGCCAAGCGCUUCCGCUCUCGGUACAUUGUAAACUUGAACUCAUCAGGUUUGUGGGACUCAUCCCCCUCGCACGUCUGGACUUCCGCCUGGAUUAUCACCCGGUGGUGACGUGUAGUGAUGCCUCCUCCAAGGGUGGUGGCAUUUGUGCCUCAGCAAACCUGAGCCGGGCGGGACACCUGGCCGCACAUGGCAAGCUGCGUGGCCAGUUACCUGAGCUGCGACAGGAGCACCGUGUUCUCACGGUUGGCCUGUUUGAUGGCAUUGCCGCCCUUCGGGUAGCCGCAGACUUGCUGGGCUUGGAGGUUUUGGGCCACAUCAGUGUUGAAAAGGAGUCAACCGCCCAGCGCGUUGUUACUUCACACUUCCCCGAGACCAAGCACAUCACGGACGUGGCCGCAGUCACGGAGGCAGAGGUUCAGGGUUGGGCCCGUGAGUUUUCUCAGGCCUCUCUCGUGCUGAUCGGAGGCGGUCCACCCUGCCAGGGCGUGAGUGGCCUUAAUUCACAGCGCAAGGGUGCGCUCCGUGAUGAACGAUCCAGCCUUUUCCCGCAUGUUCGCCGCAUUGGAAACCUGGUACAGCGCCACUUCCCGUGGUGUCAGGUACAUUGCAUCAUGGAGAGUGUGGCCUCCAUGGACGCUCAAGACAGCGACAUCAUGUCCGCUGACUUUGGCGACAGCCCGUGGUUCUGUGACGCCGGGACGCUUACGUGGACGAGCCGACCCCGGCUCUAUUGGAUCACUUGGGAGCUUCAGGGCAUGCAAGGUGCUUCUCUCUCUGAUGGGAGCAGCGGCGCUCCUCGGGAGGUGAGGCUUGAAGCUUACCAAGAUUUGGAGGAGGUGUGCGGUGAAGGGUGGAUCAAGGUGGAUCCCUCGCGGCCAUUUCCCACCUUCACCACAGCACGCCCUAGGGCCAAACCGGGGCACAAGCCGGCAGGGAUUCACACCUGCAACUCGCAAGACUUGGAACGGUGGGUGGCGGACCGCUAUCGGUUCCCCCCCUAUCAGUACACUUCCAAGAACCUCCUGGUGAACAAGCACGAUGUCUUGCGGUUGCCUACCAUCGAAGAGAAAGAGUACAUGCUCGGCUUCCCCGUCGGGUACACUUCCAGCUGUUCUCCGAAACAGCACCGAGGGACCACGGCUCAUGCCGACACCAGACAUACUCUGGUGGGAAACACGUGGAGCGUUCCUGUCAUCGCGUGGUUCAUCAGUCAACUGUGCGGUCCUCUCGGAUUGUGCCCCCUGUACACGCCUCAGCAAAUUGUGGAUUUCCUCAACCCCGUGCACCAAACGUUCCUGCAAUCGCGUCUCUGGCGAGCGCCUCUCAGGCCACUGCGGGGACAGGCCCCUGCAGCUUCGCCAAAUUUGGUGGCACAGCUUGGGCAACUGGUGAGCGUGAAGGGUGAAGACAUUCUCCUCACCGACCAAGAUGUGCGCUUACGGGGGCAGCUGCCAGGUGCAUGGCGUUUGUUGAAGACAUGGUCUCAACAUGAGAUCCCGUGCCGUGCACCGCCGUUGCCGGCUCAUGUCUUGCAUGCCAUGGUAGGUGGCGCCACUUGGUGGUUCUCUAAACAUCACAGCCUUGACAAGAUUCUGUUGCAGGGGCGUUGGGCAGCACCCAAAACCGCGGGGCCGUGGAAAGAAAGUUACCAAAAGAUCUAUGAAGAGAUCUUCGAACAAGCGUCCUGGACGCCAGAAGGGCAAGUCAAGAGGAAAAAGUCAGUGGCCUACCACGGCCGGGCGGGAAUGUUUGGUUUGGCUCAUUCUCGCUCGAAUCUCUUCUAUGAGUACCCCGUGCCGCCCAACAUCACCGCUGAUGAGGCGGAGGAGGUGCGAAAGGAAAAACUGCUGGAAAUGUACCGGGAGUUUGCCAUCGAACUGCACACAGGGAUGUACCUCACCCAGCUGACCUCAAAUCGAGACUAUGCUGACAUCCACGUCCAGCUUAUGGAGGACUUAACCACUUUGAAGUUGGACCAGAGCAAUGGUCGAAUUAUCGAAUUUCCUUUGACCAAUGUGUCGAAAGUCUAUCGGAUUGUCAAAAACGACGACAAGUGGUAUGCUGCUGGCACACCUCUUCCAAACGCAUCUCCUACUGCGGAGCAAAUCGUGGUGGUGGAGUUCAUGCGAAGAAAACUGGCUUUUGUCUUCAAAGAGUUGCAGGUGUCGCAGCGCUUUCUGAUCUGUAUGGAGCUCCUGAUCCGCCGAGCCCAGCAGAAACAGGCAAUGCGGUCGCUGACGCCGACCUUCCCACCGCAUCACACGCAAAGUAGGCAAUGUCCGACUCCGCGUUUGGUGCACGAUGCCAUGGCCCGGCCCAUUCCAAGCCCGUCUGAGAAGUAG